GCUCACUUCUGAAUGAGCGCUGCACAACAUUGUGUCAUCGCUCGCUCGUUCUUGCAUUGCCUCACUCGAUCGAUUCACAGGCCUCCAUCGUCCCGCUUCACCAUGUCUGCUUCCAAUAGCUCCAGUAGCAGUAGUAGUGGUAGUAGUAGUGGUAGUAGCAGUAGCAGUCAUACUCAGCUCUGGACCAUCUCGCCCGAUCAGCCAUACGCCGCAAUCUAUGAGCAAGUUGCUGGCGCGGCCGCGUUGCUGGCUGCCGACGAAGCCGUCGUUAUUCCAACUGAGACCGUGUACGGGCUGGCUGCGAACGCCUUCAGUGACGAUGCCGUCGCCAAGAUUUUCCGUGCAAAGAACCGCCCGGCAGACAAUCCACUCAUUGUCCAUGUCGCAGACGAGUCGCAAUUGCGGGAAGUGGUAGAAGGGGAAAUCUCUCAACGAGAGCAGCAACUGAUUGCUGCGUUCUGGCCCGGGCCCUUGACUUUGAUUCUUCCACGCAAAAUCUCCGUCUCGCGACUCGUCACCGCGGGCCUCACCACGGUCGGUGUGCGCAUGCCAUCGCAUCCUGUAGCCAAGGCCAUCAUUGCACGAUGCGGCAAGCCUCUUGCUGCUCCCAGCGCCAACAUCUCGGGGCGGCCUUCGCCAACCUGCGGCGCUCAUGUUAUCGGCGACAUGAUGGGCAAAGUGGCUGGAAUUGUCGACGGCGGCGCGACUGGAGUCGGCGUCGAGUCCACUGUCAUUGACUGCUCGCCCGAGAUUCCCAUCAUUUUGCGACCAGGUGGCAUUACAAAGGAAGAGAUUGAAACCAUCAUCGGACCUGUGACAUACGCACAAGAGCUUCAUUCAAACGAGCGGCCCGAGUCUGCGAAAGACGUCAGCGCCUUGUCUGGUCAUGUUCCACGAGCUCCGGGAAUGAAGUAUGCGCACUAUGCUCCCAAGGCACCUGUCACGGUAGUCGAGGGCUCGCCACAGUUCUUGCAAAGUCUUGUCGACGCGCAUCAUCAGCAACAUCCGACCUCCAAGAUCGGAGUACUCGCAACGGACGAAUCCCGGGGCCAGUACCGCGCAGACGUCGUCGUGACCUGCGGAGCGCGGUCGGACGUGGCAUCGAUCGCCCGAAGCUUGUACGACGCGUUGCGCCAGUUUGAUAUCGCCACUCCGAGUGUCGAUUGCAUCUAUAGCGAGUCUUUCAGCACCGACGGCCUUGGCGCCGCUGUCAUGAAUCGGCUCCUGAAGGCAGCGAGUCAUCAAGUUGUGCGGGAACACCAUCAAUAAUGAGUUCCCAGAAAAAAAAAAACCCCGCACAAAAUACAAGUAAAAAUUUCCAAAACACACCAA